CAAUGGCGAAUGCGUCAACUCAACUUACUCAACUAAAGUCAGAAGCCACCCACCCACUAACCUACAUGUUUUGCGUCUCACUCUUUCGAAUCGUAAUCGUAUCAUAUGACUAUGCCGCACGUGACUUUCUAUUUACUAGACGAGUUGUGUGUAUGACAUAUUUUCUGGCAACAAGCGAAACGGUCUCGUGCCUGUGGUAGAUGAAUAUAUUAACAGAGGGGGCUCAAUGAUAUGGCCCUAUUCAACAAACUGUUCUCACCUCGAAAAAAUAAUCCUAGUAAUCAAGAUAAUGUCAGUGGAAAACAUUUUGGCUUCACAAAAGAACAAGUCAGAGUGGUUUUGUUCAGAGAAUGUGAUUUUCGAGGAAGGAAGUUAUUGUUUGAUUCCACAGCUGUCAAGAAAAUACAAAUCAAUUCCUCUUUGGGAACAGGGGACAGCAGCUCAGACGAAAAAGAUCAGUUUGGCUCGUUUGCAGAAAUAUCAAAUGGAUUUGGAUAUAUGUAUAUCAAGCCACCGACCGAUUCCAGUCAUUUAGCAGAAAUGAUAUUUGGAUUGGUAGCUAUGAGCUAUCGAGGUUCCUAUUUCAAAAUACAUAAUUUGGAGUCUCCAUCUCGAUUGAUGCUCACACAGGUUUUUCCUAGCCCCAAAUAUGUACACAGGAGGAAAAGUUCUGCAUCAAGUCAUGGUAAUGCAGGGCUAUCGAACCAGAGUCUAGAACAGUCUCUGUGUUUGGAUGAUUCUGGAACAAGUAUCAGUGAUUAUUUAUCAGUUCAUAGUACAGCUUCAGACACAUUUUUAAUAUGUAAACCAAGCAUUCCUCUAGAGGUUCCCCAAAAAUUUUCUGGAUCAAGCUCAAGUGUUGUUUGCGAUUCAGGAGUGUAUGGGGAUCGUUCAUGUAGCAGCUUUGAUGGAAGUAGGCAAUUCAGCAUGAUUCCCUUCUGGGAGUCGAUGCCAGUGAAAGGCAGUGCAACAUCAUUUUCAAAUAGUACCUUGUACAAGAGAUGGUUGCGAAGUUCUUCUUUGGAAUACUCUGUUAAUUCAUCAAAUAGUUCUAUGGAGGAAACUUUCACUAAAUCUCAUCAGAGAACAAGUAAAUUGGGGCUUGCAUUUAUUAUUCAUCUUACUAAUGGACAAGAAGAGUCCCAAAUUCAGUUUUUUAUGGAACAUAUUGCUCUUCUUGAGUCAAUGCUUUGGAGAGCUAGGCAGGCUACGGAAAUAGCAUACCUGAAACCAGCUAAUUUCUUAUCAGUACUCAUGAAAAUGGUGAAUCUCUCUUCUGUUUGGCUGACUAAUUUAUUAUCAAGUCCUCUGUUACCGUUAAACUUGUGGACUAUGUUGUGUAAUAAAAGUGAUAAUAAUUUUGACUGUGAUAAUAAUAACAGUAUUAAGUGUGAUGUGUAUAAUAGUAAAGAAACAUUGAAUUCUUUGAGGUCGAUUCUGAAUAAUUCAAAUGGUGGACUGUUUAAUAGUUUUAAUGGUGAUAAUGUGAACUUGCUCUCUGAUAACCAAAGUGAAAGAUAUGAAUUUAGUUUUCUGAAUAUCACCAAGAUGAUUAAAAAUGAGUGGGACUAUUUCAACUCCAAGCUGUUUGGACAUUGUACUGGCAAUAAUUUGGCUGAAAACUUCGUGCAAGAAUUUUGUGAACUGCUAGAGGCUAUCGAUAUCAAAGACACUAAUUUCUUCAUGAGUACUUUACUCACUGCUGUAUUAACCCAUCAUCUUGGUUGGGUCGCUACAUGUUUACCACAAGAAAAGGAUGAUCAAAUAUUCUUCAAUUUUGACCUAACUUUCAAUCCACUGUGGGGUCAACUUUGUGAUCUUUAUGGAGCUGUGGGACAUCCUACAAAAAUGGCUCAAACCAUAAUUAUGGGCGAAAAGAAGAAAGAUGUUAUAGCAAAGAUUAUAAAUUGCCUGACUUAUUUCAUUCGUUGUUCAGAGUUAGAACGGAAAAAUUCAAUCAGAUCUACAAUUGAUAUUGAUAAUAAAACUGCCGAUUAUAUUUGCCAUAAGAAUUCGUGUAUACCAAAGGAAAAUUUCAAAAAAUACAAAGAUCAUUUGAGAGAAAUGUUGGACUCGAAUAAAUCUAAGAAUAAUAUAAAUAAUAAUGAAUUCUCAAGUUCUCGAAAUUUUCCUGAAAAGUUUGAGAAUAGACUUAGGAAAGGUUUAUGUAAAUCGAAAAAAACGCAGUAUAAUUUGAGAAACCUGGAUGAAGAAUGUGUAGAAAACAAAAUAUUUGAAACGACAAAUUCAAAAUUGCGUGAAAAUUCUAAGUGUAUGAACCUUAAGGAGAUGGAUAAUUUGGUUGAGACAUACCCUUUCAAUUCGCUCAUGACCAAUUGUGAUAUGAAAAUUGAAGUUGAGAAGGAAAAUGUAGUAUUUGUAUUGGGGGAUAAUGAAGAGUUAGUGAAUAUAAAAAAAGGAGAAAGUAGUCGAAAAAAAAUGAAAAUUUCUAAGGAAGACAAAAUAAAAAGUGAUAAGACUGUUGAAAAAUCGGAUUCUAUGAAAAAAAAUUCGGUUCCCAAUUUUUUGGAAUCUAUUUUCAAGAAGUAUGAGACUUUUGAAGAAGAGUUUUCUAAAAGUAUCUUCAAAGAUGAAGAUUUUAUAAAAUAUGAGACUGAUACCUCCAUAAAACCAAGUACAAGUUGGGCUUCUCUUCAACAAGCAGAAGAAGAGGAUAUUGCUAGAGAGGCUGAAGCGAAACUGAAUAUUGAAAAUUAUCCAGUUUCGCCUUUGGAGAAACCUUUUGUUAGAUCUCGAAGUAUGCCUCCCGAAUCAAAAGGUGAAACGGUAAAGGAUGAAGUAAAGGCAAAAUAUCGAUAUUCUGGUGUCAAGUUCAGUCUCCAUCAGUAUCCCCAGGUUGUUACUAACUACAUGAGAAGUAAAAAUUUAGAAAUGUCCAAUUUAUCUUUCUCCGAAAUAACAAAGAGGUUCGAUCAGAUAUCUUUAGAAAAUGAAGAAGACUAUUCUGAUUAUCCACAGUAUGAAAUAAAUUCGGAUGAAAUGGAAGCCCUGCAGACUCCUUCAAAUGCUUCUGAAUUAGAAUUCACAAGUGAAAUAACUGUAGAUAUGUCUAAGCAUCGUCAUGCCAGGGAAUCAAGUGAAAAACCGGUGCCAAUGAAGACUCACAUUCCAAAUGAUUAUAAGGGGGUAGAUAAGGAUUGGAUUGUUGAAGACGAUUGCUUCAGUAAAUGUAAAGAAAUGCCUACUGAGGAUAUCUCAAAAAUGAGAAUAAUUUAUUUUCCAAUGCCGAAGUCCGAAAUAUCCUCUACUGUGAAGGAAUCCAUUCCUUAUCCAUUGUCAUUGAUGAGAGGUCUGAAUGAUAAUUACAUUCCAGACUUAGUACUUCAGGGAACCUCAGCUCCCAAGAAAGAUUGGGAAGCUACAUUAAAGAAUGAAUUGAGUCUUUCCAGUCAACAUUGCCUUUUAGAUCAGCCCCUGGAUGAGGCUGUGGCAAUUAUUGCAGAUACUGAUACCUGGGAGGUUCAUUUAGUAUCCAGUCAUACAUAUGUAAUCGAUAAGAAUUCAUCUGGGGUGAAGAUUGGUAUGUCCCAGUUAAUAGCUAGUAUGUUAGAUUCUUUAUUGAAGAUGUGGAAAUUGCAAGUACCACCGCAUUUGUGUAUGAUGCACAUUGAGCAAAGAUUACAAGCACUAUGUGUUACUUCGAGAGCUGUUGCACAAUUGCUACUGGCGACAGAAUUCUGCAGCAUGGAAUUCCUAACCUCAACCCUUCAUUUGGAAGUGAAUGACGUUCCUCUAUUGCUAGCGGUAGCUUCAACAUUUUCACCACAAGUUACUCAAAAGUAUGGAAUAAGUUUCCAUUGAAUUUUUUACUGGCCUAACUAGAAUAUGUAGUUACAUAUCAUCACAAUUUCAUAUUAAUAUAGGUAUAUAUUUGUUUUUUUAUUUUAAAGUUUAUAUUUGAAUAAAUUCUUGUUUUUGUU